AUAUGGAAUAUGGAUCCCAACCUCAUCUGUCCAGCCAUCUUGUUUCUCUUCAUCAUCCUGUUAAUCCAGGCGCCUCUAACUUUGUGUGAGUUUAAUAGCAGCAGUGUGUAUGAGGCCUGCGCCGAGUCAUUCAGUUGCGGCCAUAUUGAUGGAAUAGGCUAUCCUUUCUGGGGAGGGAGUCAACCGGAAUACUGCGGCCACCCGAGUUUUGGGCUGAGCUGCAAUGAUGAGUCCCACCCGGAAAUUAGUAUCCUAUCGGUGAAAUACAAAGUUUUAGAUAUCAGCAGCCAGGCAGCCACUAUUGUGAGAGAUGAUCUGUUAAGCAAUAUUUGUCCCUCCAAUCCUCAAAGAACAUCCUUGGACUUGAACCUCUUCAGUUACACUCCCUCUGGUAACCAGAACAUUACCCUGUUCUACGGUUGCACUAUUACAAACCCGGUUUCAAUUCCAAUUCCCUACCUCAUCAACUGCACUGAAGACAUUUCCGACUCGAAUAAAAAUGUCCUCUGGUCGCCUGGUACAGGAUUGCCAACUAUCCCUGGUAUCUCAAGUAGUAUCUUCAGGUGCGGGAGUGACAUCUUUGUUACUAUCACUCAAGAAGCUUUUGACGCUUUAGUUAACGUUUCCCUUACCGUUACGGAGGACCUCCUAAGAACAUAUGUGAGUGGUGGUUUUUCUGUGAAUUGGAAAGCAAAUAAUAGCUUAUGCGACAACUGUAGUGAGUCAGGGGGGCGAUGCGGUUCCAAUGGCGAUCCCAUUUCAACACAAUUUAUUUGCUACAUUGCUAACAGUAGCAGAAAUAAAACACCUCUACUGGCAAUAGGUCUUGGCAUAGCAGGUGCUGUGCUGGCUGGUGUUGGCAUUGGAUGGCUAAUAUUUAGACAUAAAAGAAAGCGGGUUGCAGCAAAUGGACAAGUGCUGCCUGUUCAAAACAUUGAAGCACUUGUAAGGACUAAUGGAUUUCAUUCUACCAAGCUUUAUACUUAUUCAGAUAUAAAGAAAAUGACUAAUUCAUUCGGUGACAAGAUUGGUCAAGGAGGUUUUGGUAGUGUAUAUAGAGGAAAGUUACCUAAUGGAUGCCCAGUAGCUGUGAAGCUAUUGAGCAACACAAAGGGUAAUGGAGAAGAUUUCAUUAAUGAAGUUGCUAGCAUUAGUCGAACUUCUCACGUGAACAUAGUUACUCUUGUAGGGUUCUGUUUUAAGAAGAAAAGAGCUUUGAUCUAUGAAUUCAUGCCUAAUGGAUCAUUAGACAAGUACAUAGGCAACAAAGGGUUACAAAAUAUGAGUUGUCUCGAGUGGAAGACAUUGUACCAGAUUGCAAUUGGCAUUGCUCGAGGACUAGAAUAUCUGCACAGAGGGUGUAACACAAGAAUAAUGCACUUUGACAUUAAGCCUAACAACAUUCUUUUAGACAAGGAUUUCACCCCCAAAAUUUCUGAUUUCGGUUUGGCAAAACUGUGCAAGAAAAAGGAGAGUGUUGUAUCACUAUCAGUGUACGGCGCAAGAGGAACAAUAGGAUACAUUGCUCCUGAAGUUUUCUUCAGAAGCAUUGGAAGUGUGUCACACAAAUCCGAUGUUUAUAGUUAUGGCAUGACGGUUAUUGACAUGGUAGGAGUAAGGGAGAAAGCAAACAAGACGGAUCAGACUAGUGACUCGUAUUUCCCAAAUUGGAUAUAUGAGCAUCUGGAGCAAGGAUUAGAUUUGAGUGUUGAAGGCAUCAGAGAUGAAGAGGAUAAAGAAAUGGCAAUGAAGAUGAUAUUGGUUAGUUUGUGGUGCAUCCAAACCAAUCCAGCAGACCGCCCUUCUAUAACAAAAGUGGUAGAGAUGUUGGAGGGAAGCACUGCCACUUUGCAGAUUCCACCUAAACCAUUUUUCUCUCCUCAAAUUGAUGACUCACCUCAGCAAUCCCCUACAUCAUCAGUUACCACAGAAAUCGUAGCUUAUAGCUACCAUACAACACAAAGUUUCAUGAUCAGAAUUCAGAGCCAAUUAACCUCCCAAAGAAAUAUGGAUCCCAACCCCAUCUAUCCAGCCUUGUUUAUGUUCAUCUUGUUAAUCCAAACGCCAGUAACUUUGUGUCAAAAUAAUGGCAGCAGUAGUGAGUAUGAGGCCUGCGGCGAGCCAUUCAGUUGCGCCAAUAUUGAAAACGUAGGCUACCCUUUCUGGGGAGGGAGCCGGCCGGCCUACUGCGGCCAUCCAAGCUUCGAGCUGGACUGCAGUAAAGACUCGCCGGAGAUUACAAUCCAAUCGGUGAAAUACAGAAUUGUUAAUAUCAGCAACGGGGCACAAACGGCCACUGUUGCCAGAGAUGAUCUGACAGCCAAUAUUUGUCCCUCUAAUCCUCGGAACGCAUCCUUGGACUUCAACCUCUUCAGCUACGUUUCUUCUGGGGACAACAACAUCUCCUUGUUCUACGGUUGCACCAUCACAACUCCGGUUUCGUUGGUUUCCAACCUCUUCAACUGCAGUGAAGCGAAUUCCAACUCGACCGGAAAUGGCCUGUGGUUGCCUAGUACUACAGGAUUGCCCAAUAAUAACAUCAAGUGCGGGUUUGAAAUCUUUGUUACUGUGACUCAAGAAGCUUUUGAGGCUUUAGGUAAUGCUUCCCUGGCUUCGGAGGAGCUCCUGAGAACAUCCGUUGGUGGUGGUUUUCCUGUGGAGUGGAAAGCGAAUAAUAGUUUAUGCCAGGAGUGUACAAGCUCAGGGGGAAGAUGCGGUUCCAAUGGCAAUUUUACUUCAACGCAAUUUGUUUGCUAUUAUGCUCGCAGUAGCAGCAAUAGCAAAAGAAGGUCACUGGGCAAAGUUCUAGGCAUAGUGGGUGCUGUUCUUGGUGGUAUUUUCAUGGGAUGGUUAGUAUGUAGACAAAAAGGAAAGUGGGUCGUUGCAGCACAAGCACAACAGCAGGAAGAAUUGCCGCCUGAUGACCAAAACAUUGAAGCAUUCAUAAGGACUAAUGGAUUUCAUGGUACCAAGCUAUAUACUUAUUCGGAUAUCUUGAAAAUGACCAAUUCAUUCAAUGACAAAAUAGGGGAAGGAGGCUUUGGUUGUGUAUACCGAGGAGAGUUACCUGAUGGAUACCCAGUAGCUGUGAAGCUAUUGACAAAUGCAAAGGGUAAUGGAGAAGAUUUCAUCAACGAAGUUGCUACCAUUAGUCGAACUUCCCACGUGAACGUAGUUACUCUUGUAGGGUUCUGCUACCAGAAGAAACGAGCUCUGAUCUAUGAAUUCAUGCCUAAUGGAUCGUUAGACAAGUACAUAGGCAACAUGGAGUCGCCUAAUAAGAAUUGUCUGUUGGAGUGGAAGACAUUGUACCAGAUUGCAAUUGGCAUUGCUAGAGGGCUAGAAUAUCUGCACAGAGGGUGUAACACAAGAAUCAUGCACUUCGACAUUAAACCUAACAACAUUCUUCUGGACAGGGAUUUCGCCCCGAAAAUAUCUGAUUUCGGCCUGGCAAAACUGUGCAAGAAAAAGGAGAGCGUUGUAUCUCUAUCAAUGUACGGCGCUAGAGGAACCGUAGGAUACAUUGCUCCAGAAGUUUUCUUCAGAAGCAUCGGAAGUGUGUCACACAAAUCCGAUGUUUAUAGCUAUGGCAUGACGGUUAUUGACAUGGUAGGGGCAAGGGAGAAUGGAGACUUAGAUGAGACUAGUGACUCAUAUUUCUUGAGUUGGGUAUAUGAGUAUUUGGAGCAAGGAUUUGAUUUCAGUGGUGAAGGCAUCAGAGAUGAAGAGGAUAAAGAAAUGGCAAGAAAGUUGAUAUUGGUUAGUUUGUGGUGCAUCCAAACAAAUCCAGCAGACCGUCCUUCUAUAAGAAAAGUGGUAGAGAUGUUGGAGGGAAGCAUUGAGUCCUUGGAGAUUCCACCUAAACCAUUUUUCAGUCUUCCUAUUGAUGACUCACCUCGUCACCAGUCCCCUAUAUCACCAGGUCCAUAGUGUGUCAAAUGAGGAUUCUAAGUGUGGGAUCAUAUGACCUAAUCUCUACAAACUACUAAAUCCUCCCUUCCUGAUGUUACGUUUUCUCCAAAUAAUUGCUUAAAAUGAUACUCCGUAAUAGACUAAUAGUGUUCAAAUUA